CAUUGUGAAAGACAGAGUUAAAUUACAUUGUUAAUUCAGUUUAUUUCACUAAUAACUAAGUGUAAAAUUAUAUGAGUACAAAUCUACUCCAUUCAUUUUCUUUGCUGUCUUUCGCCCGUCUGUUGACUUGACAAAGUUGGACGCUGUGUGUAAAAUCAUGUAAAAGCACUAACGGCGACUUUUCUUGUCAGUGUGGUUUGCUGAGACAGGAAGAUACCACAAUGAAGUCCGUCGCCUGUAUCUCAUCGUCAGUCAGAGCGGCGUGUCAGCACACCUCCGCUUGUUUUCCCCGAGAUCGUGGUGUGAUCCUUUGCAGUCCAGUGGGCAGAUGCUCUGAUGGCGAUUUUGCCAGCCGGACUGUAGUUUCGCAACUUGCGCGAGUAACUGACGUGCGUACUUUUCACGGCACGCACGUGGACGCAGCGGUGGUCCAGCAGGUGAGAGCAGCCCGUCUCCCCACCCCGGUGCCCAGACCAGGGAAAAGAGAGGAUGAAGUGACCGUGUGCCAGCUUGGCAUACGGAUGCCACCUAGAUCCGUCCCACACCCCUCUCCAUACAGCCCAUACACCAAACCACAGAGCAAUGCAGCUGCACUAGUCAGUAUCCAGUCUCUGUUUACAGGGGAGGGGAUCCCUGAGCUGUGCUCCAAGCUGGCAGCCUUCCCCAGCAAUGACAGGGCAGAGGGACUGGCCACUUUACUCGGAGCAUGUGUUGAAUUUGGCUUGGACGCCCACAGCCCUCUAGUCCUGAGACUGAUAAAUGAGUGCCUGGAGCUCCUCUCCAACAGGGACAUCGGGGUGGCACAGCUCUGCCACAUGGGUGAGGUGGCAUACGCCCUGGAAGGCAGUCAGUCAGCCAUGGUGAAAGAGGUCCUGGACUCCUUAGGUGUUGCUGUAGAAGAGGACAUCAUCUCUCCCAGCGAGGCUGCCAGAGUUUAUUCUCUGCUCGCUCUGUGUUACAGUCCUGCCAGCCAGCAGCAGACACUCAUGCUGUCCACUUUGCACAGGCACACUCAGAGGCUAGUCCACAAACUGAAAGCUGGUCAAGUCAGCGAUAUACUGCAGUCCCUGUUGAAGUUACCACAGAGGCAGGCCAUCUCCUUGGUACUGUGUCUGAGUCACAGAGCAUCACGGGUCUUUAAAGCUUUCAGCGACAGUGAAGUUAUUAAAGUGCUCUCUGCACUGAUGAUCCUGGGACAGCACGAUGAAGAGCUCCUGGCUGCUAUGGAGAAACACCUCCCAGGGAGGCUGGAAAAGUGUGAUCCGGAGGUGAUCAGCACCGUCAUGGAGUACUGUCUGCAAAUGAGGUGCCGCUCCGAGCUGAUCUUUGAGGCAGUGGCUGAGAACUUUGUCUGCCAUGCUGAAAGGCACACCACCCUUCAGAUAGCCAGACAGAUAGUCGCUAUGGGAAGACUCAACUAUCUGCCACAGUGCUCCAGCCAGAUGUUCAAGAAGCUGGAGAGCAUUUUGUCAGCAAGGUUUUCCCAGUUCCAGCCUCGCUGUCUGAUAGAGGUGUUGCACGCCUGCAUCCACCUGGAACGCUUCCCCCUCAACUUCAUGUCCAAAGUCUUUAGCCCGUACUUCCUACAGAGACUGCAAGCACAGGGAGAACCAUUGGACAGAAAUGCAUGGGGACAACUGACACAGCUCCAUCUCUCCACCAUAUUAGAGUGCAGCUCUUACUGGGGUCCCAGACUGCCCCACUUCCCCCACAUGAAGAAGUUUUCCUCUGUGGAUGAGGCCUUUGAAACGCCUAUGGAGAGUCUGUUGUAUAAACAGGUCAAAAGGUCACUCACAAAACUGCUGGGGGGAAAGUUUUACUCUACCAAGAUUUUAACUCCGACUGGAUACACUAUAGAUGUGGAAAUAUGCCUGGAUGACAAGGGAUAUGUCCUGCCUCUGUCUCAGUGGGAUCACACUUACAAAAGGAUGGCACUGUGCUUGGAUGGUGAAAGCCGCUUCUCCAGCAACACAAAACACCUACUGGGAAAGGAAGCCACUAAAAGGAGACACCUCCGCAGGAUGGGCUAUGAGGUGGUGCAGAUCCCAUACUUUGAGUUUGAGAAUCUGAGAACACAGGAGGAACGGGUCCAAUAUCUUCACAACAAGAUCUAUCCCACCAUCUUCAAGUUCAGUCACUAGUGUCAUGUCCCCCAAGAAGCUGGGUACAAACUCAACCAAAAAUUCCUUAGGGACUUUUAAGAUAAGAUAAGAUGAAGUUUGUUGAUCCCACAGCGGGGGAAAUUCACUUUUCAUGGCAGCUCACAAGAAGAAGAACAGAGUGCAAGAAGCAAAAUGUUUCUGUACAACUCAGCCAAUUUUCUAGUGAAUUAGUACGGGCACUUGGGUGAGUGAUUGUACAAUGUGAAGAAGACACAAGGCAUGGUAGCCCAUGUCAAAGCUGUCUUAUUGGAAUGAAGAGAUUGAAUGUCAGUAAUUUGUCUUUAUUAAAUGAUUUUAAGAAGAGUAAGCUGAAUAAUGAAAUGCUGUUGCUAGAGAGGGUUAGUCUCAACAUGCUUAAAAUGCUACUUCUCAGGCCAUUUGUGUGACUCUAUCUCUCAUAUGUGCACCUUAGAACCUGAAUUUAGAAAUAUUUUAAAGGCUACAGUUACAGUGACUUAGUUCAGGAAGCACCAUUUUGAUAAAAUACUGGUCAUUUUUGUAUUCUGCUGUUGAAUUCAUUAUUUUGUUAACGUCCAUUUAACAUAUUUAACAUAUUUAACAAUAGUGACUAUUAAUUUGAUUAAUUUGAAUGCAAAAUAUAAGAUGUAAAUAUUGAGGGAGUGAGUGGUGAUGUGGCUCCAGCCUUUGUCUUCUGUGUGCUUUUUUGUGCACUAUUUGGGUAGGAAAAGAAACGUAACCUCACUUACCAGACAUAAUAUUCAAAAUCGAAGUGAAAUGUACAUGGGAUGUAGGAACGUUACAUAGAAUAUACUUUUAUUUAAUGUUUGAACAUGUACGAUAACCCUAUCCUUUGGUCUGCUGAUUGAUUCUUCUAAGCAUGAAAAUUAAUACAACAUGUACAGCACGCAAAGUCUAAUUAUUUCAACCGAUAUCUAUUGUAGAAAAAAUAUAGAAUAGAUUUACUUUUAUCAGCCAAUGAAUAGCAGCUAUGAAGACAUUCCCCUGCUGUACCAUAACCCAUAUUGCAACUGACUGCUAUUGAUUUGAUCAGGAAGACAAAUGUAAUAACACCGUGAAAAAAUGUAAUUAAGGUCUAAGAUUAAAAAAUGAGAGGACUAAACCUGAUAUGCAAAAAGUAAAGUACAAAUGUUUGUUGGUAAACAGUGUUUUGCUGUACUAUUUGUGAAGUCAAACAAAGUCAAUAUUUAAAUAUA